GCUUUUAUAAAUAAAAAGGCGGGCGUUCAUUAUAACCACAAAGCUCAUUGGUUUGGAUGAAAACACUGAGGAGAGCAGCUCUAUUUAAAGGCAGUCCACACUGGGAGCGAGCGCAUCGUCUUAGCAGUGCACCUCCUCCACAGAGCAGAGCAGCAGCCGGGGACGGAGACAGAGCAGAGCAGCAGUCAUGAGUGAGAGACAAAAAUCUGGAACAGCAACAACUGCACCAGGAAACAGCAACCCAUCAGCUGGCCAAGAUGACCAGAAGGACAACCUGCCAGAAGACUUUGACAUCGACAUGGACGCUCCAGAGACGGCCAAGGCUGCAGCCACCAUUCAGUCACAGUUCAGGAAAUUCCAGAAAAAGAAGCAGGAUGUAAAGUGAUCAAGUGAAUGCUGUCGGCGCUGUCUUCGCUAGGGGUUUAGCAUGUUAAUUAACCUGCACUGCAAUGAACUCAGAGGGGUGGGUGUGGGCAACGGGGUGACAAAAGGUCCAACAGUAUCAUCGUGAUAGUCUGUGAGUUAUUGUUUUGAAUGAAGAUUAUGUUCAGUAGUUAUGUCAAAAUCUAAGUCUGUGUAUUUAAAUCUCUACUCUGUGAUUUUUUUCCUAACUUCCAAACACUUACAUUAGUCCGCCCCAUGUUAUCAUCACUGUGGACUAUUGUUUAAAAAUGUGCUGAUUCAUUUUAUUGUACUGAAUCCUUCGACCAGAACCAAACUGUCUGUCUUUUUUUGUCGAGACUCUUUGAUUCCCGCUGUAUUUCUACAUUCCAUUUGUGUUUCAAUUGGAUUCAACCACUUCUUCUUUGCAUUUUCACACGCAUAUUUUACAAGCACAUGCCUAUGCAUGCUGCCUUGCACAAACAUGUGCACACGUGCAUAUGGUGAGAAGACAUGAUGAAGGUAUGCAUGCAUUUUCAAUUAGAGUUUAAGAAAUGUUAAUAGUUAUAUAUUUAAGUACAAAGCAUGUUCAGUAAAACUGCAGGUCUCCUUGUGUCAUAAACAAUUGUGCAUAACUGGAUUCACUCAGUGUGUCCUCUCCUGUACAGGACCUCAGGUCACUUCAUUUUGAAAUUAACUCUGUAUGAAUAAAGUCCAUGUUCAACUUGGCACCAUCCUACUGAAUGAUGACUUCAGUAGACAUUUUCCUUUUCUUCAAUUCAUAUAAUUUUAUUUAAGAAAAGAAUCAUGGCUUCUCGUGUAUAACUCAUUGAUAUAACCAAAUGCCACUGAUAAGAUAACUACACAUGUUUGAUCAUGGAGGGUGAUGUUGGAUGGUACAACAUCAGAUGGAUCCAAGUCUGAUUUUGGAAAGUCCAACUUCACACCAUUAAAUGGGACCAGAGUCACAACAACCUUGAGCACAGAGCCAUCCAGCUGACUCACAGCACUGACUGACUAACCAUCCUCCUGGUUAUGGCUCUGGCUCCAAAACCCAGAUUCCACAGUUUAUAAAUGUAAGACUGGAGAAACAGAAAGGAAACAAACAAGACAACAGAUAGAGGUGGCAAUGUGCUGUUUAUAAUGCUAUGUUUCACACACUGAAAAACACGCACACGCAGCAGGCACGGCAGCCUAUCAGAGAACAGCAGCAAUAGCAGCAGCCUAUCAGAGCACAGCAGCGGCAAGGCAGUCGCAGAGAAUAAAAGAA